CUGGCUCCUCCUGGGGCCACAAAACUGCCUACUUCGUGAGGCUGGAAGGAGAGAAGUGCAGGGAUCCCGCUCACAGGAGCUGCCCUUGAGACAUGGGUCACCCGCUGCUGCUGCCGCUGCUGCUGCUGCUGCUCCACACCGGCGUCCCAGCCUCCUGGGGCCUGCGGUGCAUGCAGUGUAACGCCCACGGAAAUUGCCGGGUGGAGGAGUGCGCCCUGGGACAGAACCUCUGCAGGACCACGAGCGUGUCCCACUGGGAAGAAGGAGAAGAGGUGGAGAUGGUGGAGAAAAGCUGUACCCACUCAGAGAAGACCAACAGGACCAUGAGCUUUCGGACUGGCAUGAGGAUCACCACCCUUACUGAGGCUGUGUGUGGGUUAGACUUAUGCAACCAGGACAGCUCUGGCCCGGCUGUCACCUUUCCCCGAAGCCGUUUCCUGGAAUGCAUUUCCUGUGGCUCAUCAGACAUGAGCUGUGAGAGGGGCCGGCACCAGAACCUGCAAUGCACCACCCCUGAAGAACACUGCCUGGAUGUGGUGACCCACCGGACCUUGGAAGCUGAGGAAGGGCAUCCAAGAGAUGACCACCAUAUCCGCGGCUGUGGCUACCUUCCUGGCUGCCCAGGCAUCGCUGGUUUCCACAGUGAAGACACCUUCCACUUCCUGAAGUGCUGCAACACCACCAGAUGCAACGGGGGCCCAAUCCUGUCACUUGCAAAUCUGCCGAAGAAUGGCCACCGGUGUUACAGCUGCCAGGGGAACAGCACCCAUGGAUGUUCCUCUGAAAACACUGUCCUCAUUGACUGCCGAGGCCCCAUGAACCAAUGUCUAGAAGCCACUGGCAUUUACGAACCGCUAAAGAAAAGCUACGUGGUAAGAGGCUGUGCAACCUCUUCAAUGUGCCAACGUGACCACGUGAGUGACGCCUUCGUCAUGAACCACAUUGACGUCUCCUGCUGUACUGAAAAUGACUGUAAUGACCCAGCCAAGGAUAUCCAGCGCCGCAGUGAAGCCGCUCCCCAGCCUGGCCCCGCUCAUCUCAGCCUUACCGUCACUGGGCUGAUGACCGCCAGACUGUGGGGAGGCACUCUACUCUGGACCUAAACCUGAAACCCCCUUCUCUGCCCUGGCUGGAUCCAGGGGGACCCUUUGCGCUUCCCUCAGCUCCCAACCCUACAGACUUGCUGUGUGACCUCAGGCCAGUGUGCUGACCUCUCUGGGUCCUCAGUUUUCCCAGCUGUGAAAAUACCUAUCUCACCAAGUUGUGUGAAGCAGAAGAGAAAAGCUGGAGGAAGGUUGUGGGCCAGUGGAAGAGCUUUCAUUAUUAUUAAUAUUGUUGCCGCUGUUGUGUCUGUUGUGGUGUUGUUAUUGUUGCUAUUAUUAAUUAAUAUUCCUAUUAUUUAUUUAUUACUGAAAUAAAGAUUUUGUACCAGUGAACAA